UCCAUAAACAAGAAGGGGAAACUUUGCAAGAAAAGGAAACAUUAGGUUGGGGACUCUGGGAACUCUAAACAAGAAUGAGAAACUUUGUAGGACAAGGAAACAGAAUCUCAUCGUCUCUCUCUCUCUCUCCCCCCUCCCCCUCAUCUAAACCACCGCUAAAACCCUACGCACAUAAACCUCCCAGACACAUUUAUGUGCUCAAAGCAGAAUUCAAGACACUUGUCUCAAUGGCGAGAAGGAAAAAAAGCAAGUCUUUGCGACCCGUUAACUCUGAUAUGGAAGUUGACAACAACGAGCGAGAAAACAAAGAACAUGGAUGGUCAUGGGAGAAAGAAUUCCAAUCAAAGGAAGAAGAAGAUUAUUUUUCCAUCAGUUUCUUUGAUGACCAUGAUGAUGGGCAAUAUUCUUGGCACACAGGAGGAGGACAUAGAUAUUAUCGUCAGAAAGCAAUCUCUUACUCAAGAAUCACAAUGCUUCGAGAACAUGAAAUUGAUGAUGAUGACGACGAUGCUUCUCCCAAAGCCCCUGAUGUCAAGCAGAAAGGAAUCUGCACUUCUUAUCCGCUAAAGCUAAAGCCUCGUUUUUCUGCUCCGUUCAAUAUCUGGACAUCACGCACGGAGAAAGGAGAGUCUUCUUGGUCUGAGUGCGCGCUUUGCGGUGACGAUAAACCCACUGGAGAGAUGCAACGAAGCUCUGACUGCGGACACCUGUUCUGCGAGGAUUGCAUGAGGGUUUACGUCGGAGGAAAGAUUCAAGAAUAUACAAAUAUUAACAAGAAGAUCAAGUGCCCGAAGGAAAAUUGCAAUAAACAGUUGGGAAUUCAACAAUUUCGCCAAUACAUCCCGGAUGAAGUCUACGAUCGAAUUGUUGAAGCACGACGAGAGAGCAAUGUCCUUGCAAGCCCAGAAAUCAUGAAAUGUCCUCUGUUGUUCUGCUCUGCUAAAUUCGUGGAUGAUAACAGGGGCUUCAAGAUCAAAGCUUGCCCGGGAUGUUGGGGAAUCUUCUGCGUGGAAUGUGGGGUUAAGUGGCACAUGGGCAAGUCUUGCGAGGAGUAUCAGGCUGAGGUUCGGGCGGACGCUAUAGCUCAGGCUCGUGCUGGGUUUGAUGCUGUGGCUCAUGAUCUCAUGCAGUAUAGCUCCCUAAUUCGUGAACAUCUCUCCCUGCCAGCUAUCUUUUUCUUUAGAUAAACCCCGGUUAACCCUGCUGCUGACCAAAUUCGAUUCAUGGGUGAAGUCGAAGAUCACAAAUAAUGAUGGGUAGAUAGAUUUCCUGAAUUUUAAGGCUUACGAAGGGGUUAGAUUCCCUCGUUUGUCUAGUAGAUUUCAUCUACUUUUGACUUUUGUUCGUUCGUUAUUAUGGAUCGUAGACCUAGCAAAUAGAGAUA